AUGUUUUCUUAUGCGUCCUCCAGACUUCAAGAUGAAACUGCUCUACGGCAAGAAGCAGAAAACAACCUCAACACCUUCAGACAAGAUGUGGAUGAAGCGGCUCUGAACCGUGUGCAGCUGGAGAGGAAGAUUGAUGCUCUGCAGGAUGAGAUCAAUUUCCUGAAGAAGGUCCACGAGGAGGAGAUGAGGAAGCUUCAGGAGCAGCUGAUGGCCCAACAGGUUCAUGUGGAUCUGGAUGUGUCUAAGCCAGACUUAACCACUGCCCUGAAGGAGAUCAGAGCUCAGUUUGAGGUCAUGGCCACUUCCAAUAUGCAGGAGACUGAGGAGUGGUAUCGCUCAAAGUUUGCGGAUCUGACCGAUGCAGCCAACCGUAACACAGAGGCUCUGAGACAAGCUAAGCAAGAGGCCAAUGAGUAUCGUCGGCAGAUUCAGGGCCUGACCUGUGACCUGGAAUCUCUUCGUGGAUCUAACGAGUCCCUGGAGCGUCAGCUGCGAGAGAUGGAGGAGCGAUUCGCCAUAGAGACGGCCGGUUACCAGGACACUGUGGCCCGUCUGGAGGAUGAGAUCCAGAUGCUGAAGGGGGAGAUGGCCAGACACUUGCAGGAGUACCAGGAUCUGCUCAAUGUCAAACUGGCUCUGGACAUUGAAAUUGCCACCUACAGGAAGCUGCUCGAAGGAGAGGAAAGCAGAAUCACUGUUCCGGUGCAGAACUUCACCAACUUACAGUUUAGAGACAUCAGCUUGGACACUAAGCUGACUCCUGAGGCACAUGUGAAGAGGAGCAUAGUUGUGCGAACUGUUGAGACUCGUGAUGGAGAGAUCAUUAAAGAGUCCACUACGGAGAGGAAGGAUCUGCCGUAGUCUUAGACACGGGAUUGGAUGCAACUGAAGAGUUCAUCACUAAUGCUUCUGGAUGCUGUGAUCAAAUAUGUGAUUUCUUGCCAACUUUCUCUCCUAGUGUCUAUAGUUCCUAGGAACUAUAUUCAGUUAUAUUAGCCACUAUAAGCAAUAAGCAACUACGCUUUGAUCUCUUUCUCUCCCUGGGAUUCUCUCUUUAUCUGUUCUUUAUCUGCACCCUUCAUGUAAUUUGCAUGAUAUUA